AACAUAAGACGAUUUCCCAAACUUUCGUAAGUUCGGGAACGGACCAAAAUGAUCAGGAGGUGGAAAUCUACAACGGCCUUUUCCCAAUUUCCACCUUUCCCCGAUGCAACCAAAACCUCAUCACUUAAACCUUCGACUCAACACAAAUACGAAAACAAAAACGAAGAAACAGGAACACCAACGUAAACACUUCCGGGUAUUUCCUGUGACAAUGUCGACGGCCAAAUUGUCACCUGCGACUUCCGCUCUGUCCUCCACAAUCAGACGCCUUAAUUGCAACCUCCUGCUGCCCCAAAACUGCGCCGUUUUCAGGCACAACUCGAACCGUCUGAGACCACAUAGGAGCUGCAGAAGGAGCUUCACUGUUGCAUUGUCUUCGGCGGCGAGCCCUCUCGAGGUCUGCGUCAAAGCGUCCACCACCACCCCCAGCAAGCUCGGCGACUGCCCCUUCUGUCAAAGGGUUUUGCUCACUUUGGAGGAAAAGCAUAUUCCAUAUGACAUGAAGUUGGUAGAUUUGGUUAACAAGCCAGAUUGGUUUUUAAAAAUCAGUGCAGAUGGUAAAGUUCCUGUAAUAAAAUUUGAAGAGAAGUGGGUUGCGGAUUCAGAUGUUAUCACACAGUCACUAGAAGAAAAAUACCCUAAUCCGCCUUUGGGAACACCGCCUGAGAAGGCUUCAGUGGGAUCAAAGAUCUUCUCUGCAUUUAUUGGUUUCCUUAAAAGCAAAGACCCCAGUGAUGGAACAGAACAGACAUUACUAAAUGAGCUAUCUGCUUUCAAUGAUUAUAUCAAGGAUAAUGGCCCUUUUGUCAAUGGGAAGGAAAUUUCUGCAGUUGACUUGUCUCUUGGACCAAAAUUGUACCAUUUAGAGAUUGCUUUGGGGCAUUAUAAGAAGUGGACAGUUCCAGAUUCACUCCUGUACCUGAAGUCUUACAUGAAGAUUAUAUUUUCCAUGGAUUCUUUCAUUAAAACGCGAGCUCUGCCAGAGGAUGUCAUUGCAGGAUGGCAGCCAAAAGUCAUGGGGGCUUAAAUUGUCUACAGUUUUGACUCGCGUCCCACUUCCCAAGCAGUUCAACAGGUUUCUGCCCUUCUUUUCAUGAAAUAUAUGUGAAAAUGGCAUAAGUCCUGAGAACCAUUUUUACCCUUGUUUCCCAUUUAUUGUAGCCUUUAUUACUAUCCAAACAAGAACAAUGUACUGCACAUCUGUAAAUCAUGCAUAUAUCCAGAAACUUUGUCCAGAAACCUUCCUCGUUUGCCCAGAAGCAAGUUCUGCUUUCAGAACUCCUUGUACCAAGUCUGUCUUCUGUUUUGAAACGGGUAUGGAUGGUAAGUUUUUUAUCUGUCUCA